AUGACAACAUUUGAAGUAUAUUCAGAUGAAAAUACAACUAUGAACUAUUCAUUAUUAAGACAAAAUUCGACAGAGGUAAAUCAAACAGAUGAUCAUAUUUCAAUGUCAAUUAUUGAAAAUGUCCUACAAGAUAAUAAAACAGAUACUAAUGAUACAAUUUUUUCACCAAAAAUGUUCAAUGAACUUAUUUACAUUGAUUCAAUAGAUUCAAAAACAUUUAUAACAAAUAUUACUGAUAUUUAUCAAAUAAUUACUAAUGAUAAAAACGAAUCCAUAACUGAUGAAAUCAAUAAUUUACCUAAUGAAUUUCAAUCGACAUCACUUUCAAUUAUUUUCAAUCAAACCAUCGAUGAAGUUGAAUCAACUACUGCUAGUAUUCAUUUAGAUUACACUACAAUAUCUUAUACUACAACCGAUAAUAAUCAAACAUACGAAUGGGGUUUAUUAUUUAAUGAUAAAACCGAAACCAUUCCGUCUAAUGAUUCUUCUACAAUCGCAACAAAUAAUGAAUUUACAAUCAACUCAAAUAUAAUUGAUCAAGAUAUGAAUAUAAAUAAUACAAAUAUAAUUAUUGAUGAUAUUAAUCAAAAUUUUAAUGCAACUUCUUUUUUAUCAUUAAAAUCAAUAAACAUGUCCAUAUGUGAUCGUUCAUGUCAAUGUAUAAAACAAUGUCCAUAUGGUUUUGAAAUUCUUAAUGAUACAUGUCGAUGUAAUCCACCAUGUAAAAAUUAUCAAUGUUUCGGUAAUGAUACAUGUAUUAUAACAGAUAAAGGACAACCUUUGUGUCAAUCAGAAAAUGGCAUCGAACAUGAUCGUCCAACUCGUUGUUAUCAACCACGAGAUGCUGGAUAUCAUGAUAUUAAUAUUCAAUAUCAUAAUCGUUGGUAUUAUAAUCCUGAUCAAGAUACUUGUCAUUUAUUUAUUUAUCGUGGUUUGGGUGGAAAUGAAAAUAAUUUUCAAACAUUACAUGAAUGUCAUUUAGAAUGUAUAAUAUGUGCUCCAUUACCGAAUCCAGGUGAAUGUUUAGGUCAUGUUGAUAUGUGGUAUUAUGAUAAUAAAAAAAAUGAAUGUAAUCAAUUUGAAUAUUCAGGUUGUAGAGGUAAUCAAAAUCAAUUUUUAAAAAAAGAAAAUUGUAUUGAUACAUGUAUUAAUCGUAUACGUAUGCUAAAAUAA